GAAGGACUUUCCCGCUCAUGCAACCCCAUUUUAUUGCGAUUCCGUGUUGACCGUGUGAGUCGGUCCCGCUCUAUCGAGUGGCGAGAUGCCAGGGACACUCCUGCCCCCGAGAUCCCACCGGCAACACGCAGAGAUGGAUCGAUCUUCGGCCUCCAGGCCGGACCUGUAUCUCAUCGGCGAUCAGGACACCGUAUACGAGCAAGACCUCCUCCGGAACCCCGGUAGCAUCAAACCUUGGCUUGCUUAUAUCGAAUACAAGCAGCAGCAUGGAACUAUCUUCGAGCAAGCCUUUGUCAUGGAGCGUGCCUGCAAACAGCUCCCAAGAUCCUACAAGCUUUGGAAGAUGUACCUGGAAUUUAGAACUAAGCAUCUCCGGGGCCGUAAUGCGACAAAAUAUCGGGCGGAGUUUCACAAAGUCAACGCCCUGUUUGAACGUGCCUUGAUCCUGCUUAACAAGAUGCCGCGGAUAUGGGAAAUGUACCUUGCCUUCAUGAUUCAGCAACCCAUUGUGACCCAAACGAGGAGAACCUUUGACCGGGCACUGCGGGCUCUACCUAUCACCCAGCACAAUCGGAUUUGGAAAUUAUAUAAGGCUUUUGCGCGCUCAGCCUCUGGUCAAACUGCCGUCAAAAUCUGGGCUCGCUACAUGCAGAUUCAUCCGGAGAAUGCAGAAGAAUAUAUCGAGCUACUUGUGGAGAUGGGGCAGUAUACAGAAGCUGUGAAGCGAUACAUGGAAAUUCUCGACAACCAAAGAUUUCAGUCUAGGGAGGGCAAGAGUAACUUUCAACUCUGGACUGAAAUGGUGGAUCUGCUUGUUUCUAAGGCAAAGCAGAUUCAAACCGGUCCGCAAGCUGGAAUCGACGUUGAUGCUAUCAUGCGUAGCGGUAUCGAUCGAUUUGCAGACCAGAGAGGUAAAUUGUGGGCUGGACUGGCCACUUAUUGGAUUACCAAAGGUAACUUCGAGAAGGCACGGGAUGUUUUCGAAGAGGGCAUUACUACUGUGAUGACAGUCCGCGAUUUUACUCUUAUAUUCGAUUCUUACGUUGAGUUUGAAGAAUCAAUCAUUGGUAACUUGAUGGAGGCCGCAGCCGUUCGCACAGACAACGGCCAGGUAGACGAAGAGGCCGAUUUUGAUUUGGACCUUCGAAUGCUUAGAUUUGAACAGCUGAUGGAUCGACGUCCAUUCCUGGUUAACGACGUGUUGCUCAGGCAAAACCCGAAUAACGUUAUCGAAUGGGAAAAGAGAGUCGCUCUCUGGGGUGAGAAUAAAGAAGAAAUUGUCCAAACUUAUACAGCGGCUAUCGCUGCUAUCAAUCCCAAGAAAGCUGUCGGCAAAUUCUCAGGGCUCUGGGCCAACUAUGCGAAGUUUUACGAGAACGGUGGAGACUUGGCCACUGCACGAGUCAUUUUCGAAAAGGCUGUUAAGGUUCCUUUCAAAUCAGUUGCAGAGCUUGCUGAAACUUGGUGUGAAUGGGCUGAGAUGGAAUUGCGCAGUGAAAACUUCGACAAGGCAGUUGAGAUAAUGGCAAAGGCAACCCAGGCACCUAAGAGAUCGACUGUCGAUUAUUUCGAUGAAACUCUUUCACCCCAGCAAAGGAUCCACAAGAGUUGGAAGCUGUGGAGUUUCUAUGUCGAUUUGGUCGAAAGCGUUUCGUCGCUGGAGGAAACGAAGAAGGUGUACGAGAGGAUUUUUGAAUUGCGCAUUGCCACUCCCCAGACUGUUGUCAACUACGCCAAUCUUCUAGAGGAGCACAAGUACUUUGAAGAUUCGUUCAAAGUUUACGAACGCGGAUUGGAUCUGUUUAGCUACCCUGUGGCGUUUGAGCUUUGGAACCUUUACCUCACCAAGGCUGUUGACCGCAAGAUUGGCAUUGAACGUCUCAGAGAUCUUUUCGAGCAGGCUCUGGAUGGUUGUCCUCCGAAAUUCGCCAAACCCCUGUACUUGAUGUACGGAAAUCUUGAAGAAGACCGUGGCCUGGCCCGACACGCAAUGAGAAUCUACGAACGUGCGACUCGAGCUGUCUCAGAUGAGGAUAGAUUCGACAUGUUUGAAUUUUAUAUCACCAAGUCCGCAUCGAACUUCGGAUUGACUUCCACACGACCUAUCUACGAACGGGCUGUUGCCGCUCUACCUGACCAGGAAGCUAAGGAAAUGUGCCUCAAGUUUGCAGAGAUGGAGAGGAGACUGGGCGAAAUCGACCGGGCUCGCGCGAUCUACGGACACGCAUCUCAAUUCUGCGACCCCCGUACCAAUGCCGGAUUCUGGCAGAAAUGGGAGGCAUUCGAAGUCCAGCAUGGAAACGAAGAUACCUUCAAGGAAAUGCUUCGUAUCAAGAGAAGUGUUCAGGCACAAUACAAUACCGAUGUCAACUUCAUCGCCUCCCAGGCCAUUGCCCGCACUCAACAACGGGGCCAAGAGGGCGAGAAAGAGCCAGCAACAGAACAAGAAGAAGCAGAUGCCAUGGCAGCAUUGGAACGACAAGCACGAGCGCCCGUGGGCUUCGUCGCAGCUAGCACAGGUCCUGAGGGUGGUAACCGUCCUCCCGCUGACAAAGAGCCACCUGUUGCUGCCACUGCCGCUCCAGUGAACCCCGACGCCAUUAACCUCGACGAUGAUAUGGAUGCCGAUUAAGUGUUUUGAUCUCCACUUCUGUACUAGCGACUGACCUACUCUUGCUUCUCUGGAUCGCCGUAUCGGCGGCAACUACUACUACUACUAGGUACUGCUAACCUUACUGUACCCAAGAGAAUCAACCCAAUCCGUUGCUCCUUCCUUCCACUUCCAUCUCAUAUACCAAUCACAUUCUCACAUCAAUGAUUUUCCUUUUUACUCUGGCUGGUUUCAUCUAUCUCUCUUCUCUCUACCUUAGGUAUCUGUCAUCAAUCAAACCUUGAACCACCCUAUAACGAACAUGCUUGGUCCAAGACUAGUUAGUUUGAGUUUGUCAACUUUCAAUUUAGGCAUGGGUGUUACUCUGUGUACUCCUAUAUCUCCUUUGUCCCUUUUUUUUUUUUUUUUUUUUUUUUUUUUU